GUGCGUCUUUCUGGCGACGCUGCCAGCGUGACGUAUAAUCUAGUGGACGGUUCUUCAGAAACAGCUCGUAAACCACCUUGGUAGCUUGCAAGCCAACAUAGCCGGAAGAUUCAAGCUAAUUAUACGCUUUCGGUGUAUAUUAGAUACUGUGUUUUAGACACACUUCGGUCGUAUCUAUUUGUUAACCUAUUUAAUUUCAUAUUACGUUAUUUUUUAUUAGUCAGCUAUAGUAGCUGGCUGGUUAAGUUAGCACUAGCCGCUAAUGCUAGCUAGCUAACAUCCCCGACCAUGAGCUCCCUAAACAUCUCCCCUCCUGUUAAAGAAGAGGAGGUCUGCUGGACGGAGAAAGAAGCUCUGGGGCUGAACAUUGUUGUGAAAGAGGAGAAGGAAGAGGAGGAUGUCACAGUUAAAAAAGAGGUUGAGGUUGUUACAGUGAAAGAAGAAGAGAAAGACGUUACUGUGAAAGAAGAGAAAGACACGUUCAGAGUGAAAGAGGAGGAGGAUGUUACAGUAAAAGAAGAGGAGGAAGAGAAAGAGGAGGAUGCCGUUUUUGGAGUGAAGAUGGAAGGCGAGAUUACUGUCACAUUGAGAGAUGAAGAGGAGGAGAUAGGAGAACUGAUGAACACCAGAGAGAAACCAGACUCUCCCUCUGACAACGGAAAGAGUCCUUCAGGGAAAUCAGACCCAGAGACGCCCAAAGCAAAAGGAGGACAUCACUGCUCUCACUGUGGAAAGAGUUUUACCAAGUUAGGGAACCUGCAUAGGCAUGAGAGGACACACACAGGAGAAAAACCUUUCCAAUGCUCCCAGUGUGGAAAGAGUUUUAACGAAUUAGGUUACCUAUUAAUACAUAAGAGAAUCCACUCUGGAGAGAAGCCUUACCACUGCUCCAAAUGUGGAAUGACUUUUACCUGGUUAGGGAGUCUGAAAUCACACAAGAGAAUACACACGGGAGAAAAUCCUUUUCAAUGUUCCCACUGUGGAAAGAAUUUUACCCAGUUAGGGAACCUAAAUCGGCACAAGAGGACACACACAGGAGAGAAGCCUUAUCACUGUUCCCAGUGUGGAAAGAGUUUUAGGGGUUUAGUGAGCUUGAAACAGCAUGAGAGGACACACACAGGAACAAAGCCUUACCAAUGCACCAUAUGUGGAAAGACAUUUACCCAGUUAAAGUCCAUGAAAUUACAUGGAGGAAUACAUACAGGAGAGAAGCCUUAUCAAUGUUCCCAGUGUGGAAAGAAUUUUAUGGGUUUAGUGAACCUGAAACAGCAUGAGAGGAUACACCCACAAGAAAAGCCCUACCAAUGCUCCCUGUGUGGAAAGAGUUUUACCAAGUUAGAGGGCCUGACUAGGCAUGAGAGGACACACUCAGGGGGGGAUAAGCCCUACCACUGCUCCCUGUGUGGAAAAAGUUUUACCAAGUUAGGGGGUCUGACAAGGCAUGAGAGGACACACACAGGAGGCGAUAAGACCUACCACUGCUCCCAGUGUGGCAAGAGAUUUAACCGGUUAAGGCAUCUGAAUAAGCAUGAAAGAAUACAUACACAGGAAGAGAAGACAUACCACUGCUCUCAAUGUGGAAAGAUAUUUUCCCAGUCAGAGGACCUGAAAUCACAUGAGAGAAUAGAGAGACUGUGUUCUGACUUGUGUUUUUGACUGAGAAUUUGUGUUUUUGUUUGUCACAUCAAAUCAUAUUGUUUAAAUGAAAAUCUGAUCAAGAAAACAGGCCUGUUUCUGUUGUUUAUUCAUCUUGAUCUAAAAUCACAUUAAAUAUUUUAACAUGUGUA